AUGCAGACUGAAGAUGUGGUCCGAAACGCCUUCCUGAGUGCGGAUGUGGACAAGUCGGGCACCCUCGAUGUGCAGGAGUUUGGACGCCUCCUCAAGCUCCUCAACCCAAGCACCUGGAGCGAUGAGCGCUUACAGCGCUUUUUCCUCAGGGCCGACAAGGAUGGUUCGGGUCGAGUUGACCUCCAAGAGACCCUGGACUGGCUUCUGGCCAAAGAGCCGGCGGCGCAAGAGUCCGAGGACAGAGCAGGCGAAGUGCUGAAGAAACAAGAUAGUCCAAGCAAGGGGAGGACAUUUGAAAUGACUCGAUUGAUGCGAGCCUUCGAAGAGGCCGAUAUCAAUCGAGACGGCUGUUUGGACAAGGAGGAGUUUGCAUCUGUCCUCAUGUCCUUGGAUCCAAAGAAGUUUAGCGAUCCGAAGAAGCUGACGGUGGCCUUUCAGCGCGCAGACGACGAUCACAACGGAGAGCUGGACACCCGCGAGGUGGAAGCUUGGUUGGGCCGAUACCUCAACAAGAAGGCCCCGGACGAGGUGGAGGAGCUUUACAUGCUACUGACCUGGCGGGACGGCCGUGCCACGGUUGCACAGGGCAGGUGCUAG